CCCACUCACCCUCUAUCUCAUCUUCUUCUCACUCUCUCUUAGUGUCAAAUCUUAUCGAAACAAUGGCGUACCGCAGCCCCGGCCACCACCAAACAAGGCGAAGUGAUCGAGUCAACAAUAUCGCCUCCGCCACAGCUGCUGCCUCAGAAGCCUCACCCACCAGAGCCAGCAGAAUGCAACCAUCCACAACAUCAAGUGGGAGUGUACAUGGACAAGGACAGGUGAUGGGAUUCAUGACAUUGCUAAUAUCAGGAGGAAUAUUACUAUGCUUAACAGGAAUUACGUUGACUGGUACAGUACUAGGCAUGAUAUUUUUCGCGCCAUUGAUUAUAAUAUCAAGUCCAAUUUGGUUCCCGAUAGGUGCAAUUUUGUUAUUUUGUACUGUUUGUUUGCUAUGGGUUUGUGGUAUUGGUGCUGGAUUGAUAUUUGGGUUGCCUUGGAUAUAUAAGUAUUUUAGAGGAAGACAUCCACUUGGUUCUGAUCCGAUUGAUCAUGCUAGGAAUCGGAUUUUGGGUACUGCUACUCAGAUGAGAGAUUAUGCUUGGGAGUAUGGUGGGUAUAUACAAAGUAAGGUUAAAGAUGUUGCUCCUGGAGCUUAGUGCUUUAGUUUUACCAAUUUCAUUGCAAAAGAAAAACACCCGCACCUUUCUGUUUUGGCUGCUGUUCUUUUUUUCCUUUUUGAAGUAAUAAUUAAACUUUUUGUUGA